AAAUAUUAAUCUCCAGUAUAUUGUUGUGGUGGAACGAGGAGGAGUCAUAGUGACAAAUCCAUUUUAAUGCUUCAUUUAAAUGUGUACCUUGCACCCUCGCUAAAGCCCUGGACUCAGCAACAGUGGUAAGCAAGAUCAUGAGAUUCACCACAGGUAAAUUACCACCAUUUACAGUAUAAACCAUUGUUCUCUAUUGCUUUGGUUGCUCAGUCUGUAAUAUACAAGGUCAGACAAGAUCAGUGUUUGUUUGGUAGAUUUGGGUUUGUACUCUGGAUUUGUAUGUGUUUGCUGUAGGGAUAUCGAAAUGAUGUAUUGUUGUGAAUCAUGGAAUGUGAUGUCCAAUUUUUACUUGUGUCUGACUGAACCAUUUGACAAAAUACAGAAGACGCAUUGUUUCGUUUAUAAAUAAUAAUGUAAAUCAUGACAAAUUAGUCAUGUAAUGUAUCUUAGUACAUUGAAAGUAAAUACAUAAAUAUCAGACUGAAUGCAGUCUGCUGAGGAUUUUACAAUUGAACUCUGAUCUUGAGUCUUAUCACAUAUUCAAAAGAACAAUUCAAAUGCAGUAUGAUCAAUAAUAUCACACAGGAUUUAAGGAAGGCAAACUACUGUCCAUUAGUUUGAAGUCACGGAUACUUGGGUUUGUCACACACUAGUGGACCACGGUUAUUGUUAACCUACAAUGAAGAAUCCACAUCUAUAAUGUUAACAGUUUUGUUACGCUAUGUACAUGCAUUUAAAAUAUGUUUGUUGUUUUGCUGUUACAGAAGCGGAAGAUGCCACAGACUUACCAAAGAAGUUCACCUUCAACCCAAAAGAAGGGAUUGACAACCCAGCCUUAGUGAUCUCAGAUGACACAGAGCCCGAUGUGCGUCCACGGCUGUGUGCUCUCAAACGGGAGCAAGGUCAGUGUUUUGGUUUCUAUCUGAGUAAGGACGCUGGCUGCAGGGGACAUGUGGUGCGGCAGGUGGAGCCUUGGAGCUGCGCUGAGCGCGGCGGGCUGAGAGAGGGGGACCGUGUUUUGGAGGUCAAUGAGAACUUUGUGGAUGACAAGGACCACUUGCCUGUGGUACUGAAGAUCCAGGCAUCUGGGCUUCAGCUGUAUCUGUUAGUGCUGAGUGCUCAGGAUUAUGGGAUUGCAGUAUCAGAGGGAAGAGAUCUCUUGUCGAUCGCCCGGGCUCACUCUGGAGAGGGCUGUUCUCGCCCACGGUUAUGUCACAUCACUAAAGAACCUGGCUGUGGUUUGGGCCUCAGCAUCAUCCCUGUUGAAGGUGAGCGAGGCUGCUAUCGUCUUAGUCCAGUAAAUCAAGGACCGGCAGAGAGAGCAGGAAUAAAGAAUGGAGACAGGCUGAUCUGGAUCAAUGGAGCUAUGGUCUCUUCACUCACACAUGGAGCUUUGUCAAAAAUGGUGAAGAAAUGUGAAGACCAUGUGACUGUCUUGGCAAUUGAUAGCAGGAGUGAAGUGAACUACGUUCGAAGGAGAUUACCCAUAAUUCCUGCUUUUGCCAAAACACAUAAUCUACUUUAUAUGCCCAAAACACUGCAUCUGGCUCAGGGACCACAGGGCUAUGGGUUCCUGUUAAGGCAAGAGAAGUUACGACCUGGAUGUAUUGCUCACAUGCUACGUGAAAUCGACCCCGGCAGUCCAGCUGAGACAGCAGGAAUGGAGGAUGGAGAGCUUCUCCUCGCUGUAAACGGAGAGCAGGUGGAGGAUGCAGAGCAUGAGGACAUCGUCAGCAAAAUACGGCAAAGCGGCCAGCAGGUCACUUUCACCACAAUCUCCGUUCCUGGCAGAAACUACUACACACAGCUUGGCAUUUCUCCACUGCUGUUUUAUGAAGACCACAUUCCAAAAAGAGAACGGUUCUCCCAACCUCCUCUGCAAAAUGAAGAGGCACGUGCUAACCCACAGUGUCCUCGGCUUUGUGUGCUCCAUAAGGCGAGCACAGGAUUUGGCUUCAACUUGGGCUGCGUUCAGAAUAAGCCUGGGGCUUUUAUCAGUCAGGUGGCAAAUGGGAGCACUGGAGAGAGAGCUGGCCUGUGUGAGGGAGAUGUGGCUGUGGAGGUUAAUGGACAGAAUGUGGAGGAAGAAUAUUUUGAUGAAGUGGUGAGGCUGAUAAGAGAGGGAGGAACUACUCUCAAGCUUUUAGUUGUGGAGGGUCAAGAGUAUGAGAGACUGAGGAACAUCAGACUGACGACAAGUUCUGGACUCAUUCCUCAAACUAUAGAGGUGAGACAUGUUCACACACAUAUAUGCAUUUUGUAAAUUCAGUAUCACUUUUAAAGGCAUAGUCCACCCCAAAAAAUCUUUCAUUAUUUACUUCAUUAUUUAUGUUCUGUUGAACACAAAGACAGAUAUUUGGAGAAAUGUUAGCAACUGAGAUUUCUGGGGCACCGUUGACUACCAUAGUAGAAAAAAUUAUAGUAGCCUAUUUUCUGUUCUGUUGAACACAAAAGAAGAUAUUUUUAAUAAUUUAGGAAAACAAACAGUUCUGGGGCACCUUUGACUACCAUUUUUUGACUCCCCAAGAAAUGUCAGUUGCUAACAUUCUUCUAAAUAUCUUUAUUUGUGUUCAACAGAACAUAAAAAUGUAUACAGAUUUGGAACUACUCGAGGGCGAGUAAUUCAUGACAGAAUUUUAACGGG